AUGUUGGAUUCACGAAAAAGCAUUUUGCUACUCUUCACUUUCCCACUGCUCAUCGCACAAUUGACAGACUCGUACACUUGGAACUUCCAGCAGGACACAAACUUUAUUGAUGUGAGGCGAAUCAUAGGUAAAAUCAACUCGGAACGUAAAAUAGAUACGAUCCUCCUUAUGAACGCGCGCAAUACCAGCAAGUGCUGCCUCUCCGAUGAGGACAUUAAAAUUCUUAGCGCCAAUAAUACCGUUAAACUAUUGUGGUCGGGAAGUAAUUGCGCGAGCUCCACCGAGCGCCUCAAUUCGGAAAUGCUUCUCAUACGUUGUGUGCCGGAGAACUUUGCAGCAGAACAUUUGGAUCAAAUGGUCAUUUGCCUACAGAAUAGACGUAAUGUGCGUAUGCUGUUUAUCUGGAGUAGCGAAUAUACGAAGGUGUCGCCGCAGCAACAAGUGAAACUGAUGCAGGAGCAAGAGCAACUCUUCAAAUAUUGUGCCUACAGACGUUUACUCAAUGUGAUUGGCAUUUACAGAGACUACCUGAGCGAGGGACACUACUACACUUACACUUAUUUUCCACAAUUUCAGCUGCAACGAAAAUCGUUAGCCGACGAUUGCUUUCCCGACCGUGUUAAGGACAUAAAGGGUCUUGCCAUACGCACUGUACCCGAUCAACUCGAACCCUGGAGUCUGGUUUGGUACGAUCGUAUGGGCAAUGUAAAAAUCACUGGAUUUCUGACAAAAAUCUUAAAUGAAUUCGCCGCCAGAAUAAAUGGUAGUAUUACCUAUCCGGUAGCAGUCCAACCGGGGUCUUUCACUGGCAUGGGAGUCUCAGUGGCUCUACUACAAAAUAACUCCAUCGAUAUAGUUACGGGCGCUAUUUCAACUACAGCCCUCGAUAUAGGCUACUCCUCCGUGCUAUUGCAAUUGGAUUGGAUUUUUAUGUUACCCGUGCCACCACAAAUACCCGACAGCGAGCUUCUCUUAUAUCUCCUUAAUUCAGUGCUGGGUUUGUUUCUGUUAAUCUUCCUCUUCGUCUUCGCUUUCGUGCUCACUUGGCAGAAUUUGCAUUUGCGACGUGCUUGCUCAGUUCGAUUGAGCUUACAGUUCUUUUGCUGGAUUCUCAUCAACGUGGUGCUACGAAGUGUGAUCGGCCAACCAUCGUGCACACGCGUACGUGUUUCGGCGAAAUUCCUCAAACGUUUUUUGCACAUUCUUCUGCUAUUCAGUGGCAUUUUUAUGAGCACCUUGAUAUCUGCUAGUCNCUUGGCCGCCCUCAAGCCCAGCGCAUGA